ACUGCUGGUGUUCUAGCAUUUGUUUUCAAAGAUUGGAUAAAGGACCAGCUGUAUUUCUUUAUAAACAACAACAUCAGAGCAUACCGAGAUGACAUUGAUUUGCAAAACCUCAUAGACUUCACACAAGAAUAUGAUUCUGCUUGCCUUUUGCCUGCCUGCCUAUGGUGGAUCCUCUUGCACGCCUCCUGGUAAUCGAGCACGCAGGUUUCCUGCUCUGAAAUGCCUGUCCACCAACGCACGCAGCAUGGGGAAUACACAGGAACAAUUAGAGAUCUGUGUGCAGUCACAGGGCCAUGACCUCACUGCAGUUACAGGCCACCUGAUCAGGAAGAGGAAGUCGAUGAGGCCUUGUACAGACAGCUGGAGGGAGCCUCAUGAUCACAGGCCCUGGUUCUCACGGGGGACUUCAGCCACCCUGACAUCUGCUGGAAAGACAACACAGCGAGGCACACACAGCCUAGGAGGUUCCUGCAGAGCGUUGAUGAUAACUUAUGGAUGCAGGUGCUGGAGGAGCCAACAAGGCAAGUGGCAGUGCUGUGGGGCUUUUGGAGCUGAUGACUGGAACCUUAAUAUUUACUUCAAUUGCACAGAUUCCAAUGCAAGUCGGGAGCGCUGUGGAGUGCCAUUCUCUUGCUGCACUAAAGACCCUGCUGAAGAUGUUAUUAAUACUCAGUGUGGCUACGAUGCAAGGCAAAAACCAGAAGUUGAUCAGCAGAUUGUUAUCUACACUAAAGGCUGCGUCCCUCAGUUUGAGAAAUGGUUGCAGGACAAUCUUACCAUAGUUGCCGGUAUAUUCAUUGGGAUAGCAUUACUGCAGAUAUUUGGGAUAUGCUUAGCCCAGAAUUUGGUUAGUGACAUUGAGGCUGUCAGAGCCAGCUGGUAAAACUGCUGAAGUAACCACAGCAAGACACUGGACAACCGAAACCCUCUGAAACCUCCAGUGUGUCACUCCGACACCAAGCUGUAUGGACAUGGGUGACAGGGAAGCCUUCUCUCCCAAGUAGUCUCAAGUCUAAGUUCCUGACAUUGCAGUGAACUGGUGUUUCUUUGGGGUGGGGGAGAGAAGAGUGGGCUAUUUAAAAUCUGCUGCUCACUGACAUUUUUUUUCUUUAAAACCACAAGUUUGAAAGCUGUUGAGCUGUGAAUCUCUACUGUAUUCUUGAUCCUGAGUUACAAGUGGACACUUUUUUUAAAUUGGUGUAUUCAGUGGGACAGAGUUGCAUCAUUGUAGUCUGUGGAUAUGCUGUUUAUUCUUCGUGUCAUGAGCUCUGUGAUAGCUGCCAAAUAUUCCUGAGAUGGUCUCUCUCCUCACCACUCCCUAAAGGAACAAUCUUCUUGUUUUCACAGCUAAACAUAGCUACAGACCUAAACCCAUCAAGCAGGAAGCAACUUUCUAUGCAUCUAUUGUACAGUAAAAGAAAUUGUUUUUAAAACAAGGGAAAAUAUUUUUUACGCAAGCUUCCAACUGUCUCCCUGUGGUACUUUGAGGUUGGAAUCAGCAAGCUCAACAGGGAAAACUGCCUAAUUUUAUCAACAUCUUUCUUCAUUCUCCACCCUUGUAUGAAGGGAAAGGAGUUUUGUAUUUGACAAACAAGGGUUAUUGAGCGUUUGGUUGCUGCCAUACCUUAGAACAUCAGUCUCUUAAGGCAAGGAUGGGAUAUAACUGUAUAAAUGUAUGAAAGCAGUGUGGAUGUUGGGUCCAAGUGAAUAAUAUUAUUCAAAGAAUGAAAUAUAUAUUAACUUAAAAAUCAAAACAUAUAUAUGUGAUACGGCUAAAUCGUUUUUCUCUGGAAUUUGGUGUAACCUAAUGUAUUUAGGGAUCUCACUAAUAUUAGUGCUUUGAUAUUCUUGUGCAAAACUUCUUUUAAGAUAAUUCCUUGGUCUGUUCCUAGCUGAGGCUUUGGUCGGUCUUUUUUUUUUUUUUCUUCUUUUUACUUGCAUGAACUGUGGAGUUAAGAAUCUGUGACACUCCAGUGCUUCAAAUCUGUGCAUAUGUUUUAAUACAGUCUAAUCCAAACUUAUUUAUUGGUAAAUGCAUGUGAUUAUGGAAAGAUCAUAUCCCAUUCCCUUGGAAGUUGGAGAGAACAGCUUUUGCCAGAUUAAAUGCUUACUUCCAGUGAACAAAUCCUUGCUAUGGAGAUAUGUCUCUCUUUGUUGCUCUAAAUGCAACAAAAAGCUUUCUUGAAGCAAUGGAAUACAAGUUUUAAAAUAGAAGCGCUUAUUAGAAUCAGCCAAGACAGACUCUUUUGAAUUGUACAAAAGAGUAGAAUUUGGAACAAAGCACAAAUAGUGGAAGAAGAAUUAGAUCAGACUCCAUCCAACUUAGAGUUUUUGAUUCAUUCUUCUUCACUAAUAAUAGUGAACUUACAAACCUGACCGUGGCUUGGGUAAUUUUAUUGCACUUUGUGUAAAUUUAGCUUGUUCUAUGACCCUUCUCAGUAUCUGCAGUACCAGUCCUGAAAGCUGUGAGGUCUUGGCUCCUGCUUUGGUCAGACAGUGGCAAAGGGUGUGUAGCACCUCUUUGUAGCAGCAUAGCAUCUUUCUGAGAUGAAUUUCCUAAAAUGAAGUAUGUGGAGUAGGAGAGAUGAAUGCAUUGCUUUCAAAGCUUCCUUGCUCCAGGGGAUUGGUAGAAGGCUGGUCUGAUGACUUACUAAGGUCCUUUUAGUCCUAUGACUCUUAAACACGUGGAGUAUAUGUACCCUUGCACAUUUUGCCUUUCUGUGCUUUAGUUGGCUAUGGGGUUUUUUUUCCCCUCAUCUGAAGGCUGGCGGUAGGCACACACUGGUGCUCUGCAGUUGCCUCAGUCCUGUUGUCCUCCUGUCUUUGAGCAUUGCCUCAUGGUCUUCUGGUUAACUCCCACUGACUGGCUCUGAAUCAGGCAGCCUCCAUAUCCUUUGGUAUCUGCUGUUAAAGGCCAGCCACAACUCAGAGUAAUUUAUUUUUUUUAAAGCCUUUGAAAGCAAUUAUAAUUCACUGUCCUUAAUAAAGUUGGUUCCACCUCACCACAGUGUUAUGUUUUUCUUAGCCACUCCUUAACUUGAGGAGCUACUGGUGUUUGUUUCCCCCCAAAAGGACACACUGUUUUGCCUGAUAGCAACAGGACAGACAGAUCAUCAGGACCAGUGUUGCUGCACUGAGACAAAAUGGUGUGGGGAGAAAUCAGGAAACCAUGGUUGAGCAAGUAAACACUUCACCCCAGGGCCUUGAUUGUGACCCAGUGCUUUGGUUUGGAGAAAAAGAAAGAAAAGGCUACAUUACAGAAGCAUUCCAUGUUGCCACUGAUCUUGAAUACUGCUGUUGCUGCUGUGGGCUUCUGAAGACAACUUCAUUCUUCUACUUCAAUUUCUCCAGUUGUACUGUAUUUGCCUUCUGUCUUGUCAUGCUGUGGUCUGAGUUCCAGUCUGCUGGAUGUGGUGUUGACAGUGUCAGAGUGAUAGGAAGGUAAAUGCUCUGAGGUGAGCAAUUCUUGUUCUCACUAGCACAUGUACACGCAAAUGUGCAACACUUCUGCUGAGUCCCAGAAUGACUGACUGUUCUUACAAAAACCACUAAAUAACUUAUUUUUCUAGAGCUUGUCUUUAUUAUUGCAGAUGCGGAUGCUCCCUGCUUCCCUGCUCCCAAGAGAUGCUCUUAUUUUGCUCAUUUUUGCAGUUGUUUGAUGGAUGCAUACUGAAUGUUUAGGAUAGUUGUCUAUAUUGCACAUUUAAAUCCCAUAUAUUUUGUCUACAGAUUGGGUAAGGUGUCCUAGAAAUACCCCAUCAGCAGCUACUCAGCAGCUUAGGUAUCCAGUUUGGAAAGCUUGUGGGAGGCCUUGGAAAUCAAUCUAUUAUUGUCCGAGCCUGCCAAAGGCAAGCAAGCUUUCUUCCAGAAAACUUUGUGAAAACUUCAGGUGAGCCGCAACUAAAGCACAACCGCCGGCUACAUGGGCUCAUUUUCUAAAGCAAUAAGAUGUGGUAGGUGGUCUGACUUCUUGGCAGUUUCUAGCUAGCCUAGGUGUGAGUUCAGAGGUCGCUCAUAAUUAUCUUUAAUGUGCAGUAGGUGUUCAGAAAUUUGUUGUCAGGCUUAUGGCCCUUAUGGGAUGGUGGCAUUGCUAACGAUAACUUUGGUAACUUCAGCAGUCGCCUGGGGUUUAGAGCAGUUUCCAGAUUCCCCACUGAGCCCUUGCCAAAGGCCAGCGCAGUCCUUGCUCCUCUGCUUUCUAAACACUCUCUAUAUUCACAGGCCUUUCUGCUGUCUGAUAUCCUUCCUUUUUUUUUUUUUUUUUUAAUAGCCUAAUAGACAAACGUUUGCUUUGUCUCUGUGUGAUUACUUCAGCAGCAGUAGGAUCUCUUUGCUUCAAAAUCCGUAAUUUUGAUUGUGCCCCUUAGAGUCUGGAGCUGUGGAGAUGCUUGCUCAAGUGUGUACCGUGUCUGUCCUGAAAGCCGCCUUCUCUCGCCUUUGAGACGCUAAUUGUAGCUCUAGUGUGUAAAUAGUGUUUGCAAUGUAAAUAGCAGCAUGCAGAUUAAAUGAUUCUUGCACAUGACUGCUGUUCACCUUGGAAGUGUCUGUUACCGCCCUGCAAGGCACCCCAGUGGGAGUGGUGCUGGCCAGCCGCGGCCCGGGGGGAGGCCUGAGUGGCCAUUCGGGCCCUGGCCAGGAGUAGGGCAUCCCUUGCCUUCCCCCCUUGCCACUGGGCUUUAGAACAGUGCCAGCCAGUCAGACGGAGGGUCGGUGUCAGCACCCCUGGCAGUUACGAGAGGUUGCCGUCACUUGUGGCGGGACUAAAUAUGGUGCUAUGAGAACAGUCCUGGACGUUAAUCUGUUUUUACUACUUUAGAGAUGCCCUUGGUAAAAUUGAUUCUGAUUAACAACGUUGGUUACAAGAGAAACUCUCGUGAAUUUUUCAUUCUGUUUGCCUUGCUGUGUGUGACUUUUGGAUGCAUUGGAAUGGCAGUUCUGCAAAUCCCUGGCAGGGAGAUUAGUUCUCAAUAGGUGUCAGGCACCGCUGAAGGUUCCAGUUCCUCCCUCCCAUUUUUGUUUUCUCUUUGGAUUUUUUUUCAGAUAUCUGCAACUGGUCAUGAAACUGUCUAAAGCAAACAGACUAAACCUGCCCUGUUGGAUCUAUUUGCUACCAAAAUGUACCACAUGGUGGGGGGGACAUGACACACCCCACAAAAAAAAGAUCUGUCUCACUUAACAUGCAGCAUAGAAAUAAGUGUGGUGACUACUAGUGUGCACCAGGCAGCGCUGCUAGCUGUCUUUUGUGUUUUGGCAAUAUAUGUGCUAAUAAAAAGCUCCAUCCAUAUGUGUGUUCAUGUUCAUGCUGUGUACAUAGUAGAGAUGGACCUGAUACUACCUUGAGCUCUAGGGAGAUUGGGAUUUGGGUUUUUUGACUCAGACCUGUCUCGGACAUGUAUAUUCCAGAUCAGUUCCAACUGAAUCUCUCUGGUUCAUCCUGAGGUGUACAGCAAGAUGUCAAUAUUUACCCUUUGUGUAUCAUUCCUUUUUUAUACGAAUGUAUUCUCUGGUGUUCCUUUUUUUUUUAUCAGAUGUAAAAUUGAUUGUAAAAGCCAACUACACUUACUGAUGGAAAGUAUUGCUAUAACAGAACUGCAUGCCCAAUAGAGUUUGACUUGAGCUUUAGCUUUCUGGUUUUGGACUGGUUACCUUCAGUCUAGGAGAAAAGCAUAGAUCAGGUGCAUAAUGUAUUACUUGUCAUCUUUAGCAUUAGACUGUGGUAUUGUAUCACAUGCUGAUCUCAAUGGAUGUAACUGGAGUCUACUUAGGAAGUUAAUGCAACUUCCUGGUAGUUCUUUUUAAGCUAUUGAAAGUGGUCUUGAUCAUGCUACUUGUGUUCUUGGGUUUUGUUUUUUUAAUAGAGGCAUUUUUUAGGAAUGUUUUAAUACACUUAUGGACAAUACAAUAGUUUUAAUAGUUGUGCAGUAUUCUGUAUUUACUUGAAGUAAAUCAUUUUAUAUGCAAUUUGUUAGAUAAUUACAAUUUUAUAAAUAAAAUUGUGUGAAAUAU